AUGCCCUCCAGUCCUGCGGCUGAUGCUCCACGAGGAGCGUCACCAAAUGCUCAGCCUACCGAUCAACCAAACACGAUCACUGAUCAUGAGGUCACUAUUGCGGCCGACGAAGCUGCUGACCCCGAAACCGAUGGUGAGACUCAAAGCAUCUCAUCGUCCACGGCCAGUGUGACUAGCUCCAUAUUUGACUAUCGAGUAGAGAAUGGACGGACCUACCAUCGCUACAAGGAUGGAAAGUAUCACAUGCCCAAUGACGAAAGAGAGCAAGACCGUCUUGAUCUGCAACACAACAUGUUCGUUCAAACAUUUGAUGGCAAACUCGGCACGGCGCCACCGAACCAGCCGGGGGCCAAGGUUGGAAGGGUCCUCGAUGUCGGGACAGGUACCGGCAUCUGGUGCAUGGACUUUGGGGACGAACACCCUGAAGCAGAGGUUCGAGGCAUCGAUUUAUCAGCGGUGCAGCCAGAAUUCACCCCUCCAAAUGUGAAGUUCGAAAUUGAUGACCUCGAGGAUACCUGGAUCUACUCACAUCCCUUCGAAUACAUCCACAGUCGAAUGAUGAACUCAUCCAUUAGCGACUGGAAGGAGUAUAUUCAAAAAUGCUAUGACAAUUUGACCCCUGGUGGCUACUUAGAACUUAAUGAGGUGGACAUUCUCUGUCUAUCGGAUGACGGUAGCCUCACCCCUGAGCACUCGAUCUCAAAGACGGCCAGGUUGCUGCAAGAGGCAACGGAGAAUCUCGGACGCAGAUACCAAGAUAUUCGAGAUCUCAAGCCUAUUUUGAUGGAGGUUGGCUUCGAAGACGUUGUGAUGCAGCGGUUCAAGUGGCCCACAAACGACUGGCCGAAAGACCCGAGAUACAAGGUGCUCGGACAGUGGACGAAUGAGAAUCUCCGCGGCUGGGAGGCAAUCUGCAUGGCGCCGCUGACUCGAGGGCUGGACUGGACCAGAGAGGAAGUCAUUGUGUUGAUGUCCGAAAAUCGACGGGACUUCAACGACCGAAGCAUCCAUGCUUACUUUUCCAUUUGGUCGAUCUACGGACGGAAGCCUCUGAAGACCAGAGAAACCGAAAGCCAGGCCUGA